UCACCAACCCUAUUUACAGUGAGGAAACAGGUCUUAGAGAAGUUAAGUGGUUGUCCUGGGCUGCACAGCUGGCACGUGGUGGAGCUGGGGCUUAGGCCAGAAGCCAACUGCAGCCUCUGAGGAAGCAGGUUUAUGAGACCCACUCUCAGCCAAGCAUAGUGGCUCACCCACACCUGUAAUCCCAGCACUUCAGGAGGCCCAAGUGGGCAGAUCAUUUGAGGUCAGGAGUUUGAGACCAGUCUAGGCAACAUAGCAAGAACCCCUCUCUACAAAAAAUGAAAAAAAUUACUGUGGCAUGAUAAUGCAAGCCUGCAGUCCCAACUGAUCUGGAGGCUGAGGCAGGAGGAUCUCUUGUGUGAGAGUUUGAGGCACUGCACUCCAGCCUGUAACAAGACCCUGUCUCUUAAAGAAAAAGACCUACUCUCUGGAUGAGAAAACAGGCCCAGGAAGGGAAGGAGUUGCCUGGGGACCAUCUGUGAGUGGCUGCUUCUGGGUUCCCACCCCGGUCCACCUGCCAGCGUGGAGGAGCGCCUUGGACCCGUUGGACGCCCACCAUGCCGCCCCGAGGGCCAGCCUCUGAGCUGCUGCUGCUGCGGCUGCUCCUGCUGGGGGCGGCCACCGCUGCUCCCUUGGCACCGAGACCCUCCAAGGAGGAGCUGACCCGCUGUCUGGCAGAGGUGGUCACAGAGGUGCUGACCGUGGGCCAGGUCCAGAGAGGACCCUGCACUGCUCUUCUCCACAAGGAGUUGUGCGGGACAGAGCCCCACGGCUGUGCGUCCACCGAGGAGAAAGGCCUGCUGCUUGGGGAUUUCAAGAAGCAAGAGGCUGGGAAGAUGAGGUCCAGCCAGGAGGUGAGGGAUGAGGAAGAGGAGGAGGUAGCAGAGAGGACCCACAAGUCCGAGGUCCAGGAACAAGCCAUCCGCAUGCAAGGGCAUCGCCAGCUCCACCAGGAGGAGGACGAGGAGGAGGAGGAGGAGGAGAGGAAGAGGGGGCCCAUGGAGACCUUUGAGGACCUGUGGCAGCGGCAUCUAGAGAAUGGAGGGGACCUCCAGAAGCGGGUGGCAGAGAAGGCCAGUGACAAAGAGACGGCCCAGUUCCAGGCAGAGGAGAAGGGGGUGCGGGUGCUGGGCGGGGACCGCAGCCUGUGGCAGGGGGCCGAGAGAGGCGGAGGAGAGAGGCACGAGGACUCGCCCCACCACCACCACCACCACCACCACCAGCCAGAGGCUGAGCCCAGGCAGGAGAAGGAGGCGGCUUCGGAGAGAGAGGAAAAGGAGGUGGAGCAGCUGGAGCACUUGAGAGACGAACUGAAGAAGGUGACAGAGACGCUGGGGGAGCAGCUCAGGAGGGAGGGCUGACCCCUACCUCAUUCCCUCCUUCCUCCUGACACACCCUGUGGCUUAGGACUGUUGACCCCGAAGCCUCCACCUCACCUAGCACCCCACGCCACCCCUACC